UUUUUCUAGUUCAUUCAAGUUUAAAAUUUCGCAUACACAAUAGAGAUAAGUAAGCGUUAUUAGAAAGUUAUUAAAAUGAAAAUUCCUAUUAUUAUCCUGUUUGCCGCAAUAUUUAUAAAAUUGACAAUUGGUAUCAAAGAAUCACUAGAAAUACUUGAUGUCACUGAUGUGAGUGUAAAUUUGAAAUUCAUUAAAAAUGGAAGAGAUUACGAAUGGAAUUUAAUUGUAGCAAUGAACAAAAAUAGAUCUACAAUGAUGAGAAGUCUUAUGAAAUGUGAUAAAAAAGCUAGUAGCGAAAAUAUUCAAAUUUGCCGAAUUUCUAAACUCACUCCGGGCACGACUUAUGUAUUUGAAGUUUUUGAUAAAAAUAUGGAUAAUGAUUCAUGGGAAUUUGCAAAUAUCUCGAGCAGAGAGGUCACAACUGACAAUCCUUCAGACGUACCUGAAAUGCCAAGUGAUCUCAAAAUUUUGGAAACCACAAAUACAACUUCUACUAUUCAAUGGCAAAAACCUGUGAAUAGUUUCAAAUUUGUUUCCUACAAUAUUUUGGCUUAUAAAUUUUAUCCAAAGAGAACGAUAAUUUCUUUUAAAUAUAUUGAUAGUUCAGAAAAUCCACAAUAUAAAUUAACUGGACUCGGUCCUUCUUGCAAAUAUAUUUUUUACGUUUCUGCAUUUAAUAACAAAGGUUCUUCCCAAUAUAUUCUGAGCGACGAAGUUAGGACAUCGUGACAAUAUUUUAAAAAGGAGCAUUCAAAUUUUUCUCGCACAACAUCUCUAAUAAUAGGCUAAAUAAAAAAUUUGUAUUUAAACUGAUUUAAAAU